CGGCGCCGUUUUGCGCGGUCGGUGAGCAUCGCUCCAGCCCACCGAUUCGCCGCCGCACAUCGACGUGUGUUCUAUUUUCUUUGCUUCUGCGGCAGCAGCCUCCUCGUUCUCCCUCCCUGACCGUCGAUUAUUUAUGUCUUCUCGGUGUUGACUGCCUUCUUCUCAGACAACGGCCACGCCUCAGCCGCGAACAUUGUCGAAGAAGACUGCGCGGGCAGACAAUCGCUUGCUUUCCAAGUGACCUAUAAAAACGCCCAAAUGCGUCCACCACAAACCAUCGUCGCCGCCGCUCAGCACAGUCGACAUUGACACCCAGGAAACAUGGACACCAGCUCGGACCAGCACCAGGACUUUGGCUAUGGGCCUCCCCAGAUUUCCUGGCUCCCAUCUGACCCUGCUGCCUUGGCCUUCGAUGAGGCAUACGCCAGCGAGCAACAACCCCACUUUCCUCCCUAUGCAUACGACACUCUGCCCUACGGACCUCCGAUGGAUCCCUUUUCUUUGGACUACUUCUACACGUUCCCUGCCUUCUCGACGGACUCUCUUCCAGAUCCCGGCUUCCCUUCGACCAGCCAACCCGACGGCCCUGCUGUUAAUCACACGGAACCCGAGAACAACGCUCAAGAUGUCGGCUGUAACGCAGAGGGCAAGCGGCUGGCUAAUGAGGAGUUGUGCGAGCACAGCCCUGGGCUUGCCUUCGACGAGCCUCGGGAUGAGGGUGACGACGUCGGCGUGCCUGAUCUUGGACCUGGUCCCGACGCGACGACUGCUGUUAACGAAGCGACGGCGAGACAGGCAGACACUGGCUCAAAUGAUGCCAUAGGGGCCUCCCUACCCGAAUCGUCAUCCGCUCACCGCGACACCGUGUCAACGCCCAGCAGGCGGAGCGCCAACGCGGCGCGGCGCGCGAAUCCAUUUGGCAACACCAUCCCUUGCCAGUGGUCCGGUUGCAAGUCCACAUUCACCCGAGAGCAUGACCGUACCGAGCACAUGAAAUUGCACUACAACCUACAGGAGUAUUGGUGCGAUGUUGGCGCUUGCAAGCAGCGCUUCAACACGGCGAGUCUCUUGAGGAGCCACAAGUUUCGAAUCCACGGCAUUCGCCCUGCUCCGAGGGCCAGUUCAAUUUAAUGUAGGUCUCGAGGUACAUCACCUCGCUUCAACUGAUGCCGUUCGAGUGGACUUCUCAUCCAAUACAUGUACCUCCAUUACGGCGCCAUGUACCUGACCUUGUGCAUUGGCUCCAGCGUACUCUUGGUGAACCGUGUGCCUGUACCUACUUUUCAUAUGAGUCUUCUUCUUCUUCUUCUGAAAUUCAACCGGACAAGUAGCUAUACACGAGUCUAGAAC